UCCUCCUGCUUUCUUUCAGUCUUUCUCUCUCUCGCGCGAUCUCUCUCUCACAGUCGACGUCGACCUCUCACCACCGGACGAGGACACUGACAUGAAUUUAUCUCUCUCUCCCCCUUUUCUCAUUCUCUACUCGCUCUCUUUUAGUCUCUCUCACGCGAUCUCUCUUUCUCACGGUCAACGUCGACUUCUCACCACCAGACGACAUCCAAGGACACCGGCAUCAAUAGGAGCUUUUGAUGGUGUCGUUGAGCUUCUUGUUCGUGCUGGGAGAAGUCUCCCUGAAGCUGCCAUGAUGAUGAUACCUGAAGCAUGGCAAAACGACCAGAAUAUGGAUCCAGAUAGAAAGGCCUUGUAUGAAUACUUCUCAGCUCUUAUGGAGCCAUGGGAUGGACCUGCCCUUAUUUCAUUUACUGAUGGCCACUAUCUGGGAGCCACAUUGGAUCGCAAUGGACUGUGUCCUGGUCGCUAUUAUAUUACACAGUGGGAGAGUUAUCUUGGAAGGCUAAACCCUGGAAUGAUGCUUUUAGUAGAUUUUGAAAAACAUAUCGUUGUAGAUGAUGCAGCUCUAAAGAAGCAGUAUGCCCUAGCAAGGCCAUAUGGGGAAUGGCUGAGAAGUGUUUGAAGCCUUGGGCCUUUCAUCUGAGGUUAUCCAGAAGUGUUUCAAAAGGACUCCAAGUAGAGUUGAAGGUGCAACAUUUGAAAUGCUUGCUCUGGAUGCUCUCCAAUUACAUGAGAUGGCAUUUCCUACUCGAGCUAUGUCUCCUGGAAGUGUAGAGGCUGUUGCGCUGCCUAAUCCUGGAGAUUACCACUGAAGAAAAGGUGGAGAAAUUCAUCUUAAUGAUCCUCUUUCUAUAGCAAAGCUGCAGGAGGCUGCUAGAUCAAAGUUGCAGUUAAGAUCUGAACUUAUUCAAACUUAGUUUUUUACACCUGGUUCAUCUUUGCAACCAUUUGAUAAAGGAUUCAAUCAGGGAACAUAAAGCAAGGCAACCACUUAGUUAACUUUGAGAGGAGGCAACCAACCGCAAGUGUUUUGAGUUUUGAGAAUGGAUGAUGAAAUUUGUAUUAGAGAUUAAUGUAUCAAUUUGAAACUAAGAUGUAUAUUAAUUUGUGAUUCAAAUGUAUUAAUUUUUUGGUAGAAAAAUAUUUUGAAUGGAAAAUGGAUCUUUUAAAUUGCAUUUAUAUUGAUUUUUGCAUUUCAUUCUAA